GCUUGCUGCAGGUGAAGAGGAAACCGAUCGGAGCUGUCGGGUUGGUCACGUGGCCGCGGGUGCGGGUUUAAAGCAACAGGUUUUUAUGCCUGGCAGUUGCUGCUUGAAUUCAGGAAGAAUCUGAGGUUGGCGUCAUGGUGGACUCGCACUACGUCUUACCCAACGACAUUGGGAUCGCGACGUUGGAUUGUGCCGAAGCGUUUGAGCUGUUGUCCCCGGAAGAGAAACUCUAUGCUCAUUACUUGUCACGAGCUUGCUGGUAUGGGGGACUGGUAGUCCUGUUGCAAACGUCCCCGGAAUCUCCUACCAUUUACGUCCUCCUCUCCCGCAUCUUCCGAACCCAGGACCCGAGUAAGUUACAAGAGGUGGCCCGUUCGCUCGGCAUCACAGAUGAAGAAUAUCAGGCCUUUCUGGUUUACACGGCGGCCAUUUAUGCCAACAUGGGCAAUUACAAGUCCUUCGGUGACACCAAAUUUGUUCCCAGCCUUCCCAAGGAAAAACUGAAGAAGCUGGUGUGGGCGAGCCAGGCGUUUUUGCAAAACCCGAAAGAGAUGGAAGCUUUGUGGGAGAGCUGCGAGAAGCUAAUGUACUCGCUGGAGCCCCUUCAGAGGCAUUUAGGGCUCAGUGGGGAGGGGGUUUCGACGUACUUCUCUGCAAAUUGUUCCAUGGAAGAUGCGAAGCUGGCUCAGAAAUUCCUGGAUUCUCAGAACAUAAGCGCAUACAACACCCGGCUAUUUAAAACAGAAACCGGAGGGAAAACCAGUUACGAAGUCCGUCUGGCUUCAGUCCUUCUGGAUGAACCCCAACUUGAUGAGAUGUCGGUCAAACCGAAGGAAUUCCAGUUUGAGGGUUGCACGUUUACCGUCACGCGAGGGGAUUACAGCCCGAUUUUGCAGAGGGUUGUGGAGAAUUUGCAGAAAGCGCAGCAACAUACUGCCAGGCCCAUUCAGACGGAAAUGUUGAAGCACUACACAACCAGCUUCAAGCAGGGCUCCAUCCCAGCUCACAAAGAGGGGUCUCGCUGCUGGAUUCGCGACAAAGGUCCUAUCGUGGAAAGCUACAUUGGUUUUAUUGAGAGCUACCGAGACCCGUUCGGUUCCCGGGGAGAGUUUGAAGGUUUUGUGGCUGUGGUGAACAAAGCGAUGAGCGCCAAGUUCGCACAGCUAGUGGCCCAGGCCGAACAGCUCUUGGAAGAACUGCCUUGGCCUCGUAGCUUCGAGAAGGACCACUUCCUGAAGCCGGAUUUCACUUCCCUCGAUGUGCUGACUUUCGCAGGAAGUGGGAUUCCUGCCGGCAUCAACAUCCCGAAUUAUGAUGACAUCCGCCAGACGGAAGGAUUCAAGAAUGUCUCGCUGGGGAACGUGCUGGCGGUCGCUUAUGCCACCCAAAAGGAAAAACUGACUUUCCUGGCAGAAGAGGACAAAGAUCUCUACAUCCAGUGGAAAGGACCUUCUUUCGAAGUCCAAGUUGGCCUCCACGAACUUCUCGGUCACGGCAGCGGGAAGCUGUUUGUCCAGGAUGAUUCGGGAGCUUUCAACUUUGACAAGGCUGCCGUGAUCAACCCGGAGACGGGAGAAUUGAUUCGGAGUUGGUACCAAGGGGGCGAGACCUGGGACAGCAAAUUCUCCAGUGUGGCCUCAAGUUACGAAGAGUGUCCAGAAUGCGUGGGUCUCUACCUCUGUUUGAACAAGAGCUUUGUCAGGAUCUUUGAACUGAAUGGGGAAGAUGCCGAAAAUGUGAUCUAUAUUAAUUGGCUAAAUAUGGUCCGGGCGGGACUUCUGGCUUUGGAAUUCUAUACCCCCGAAUCUGGGACUUGGCGCCAGGCUCACAUGCAAGCCCGCUUCGUGAUUUUAAGAGUGCUGCUGGAGGCUGGCGAGGGACUGGUGUCCCUGCACCACACCACGGGGACCGACGGCAAACCCGACGCGGUUGUCUUGCUGGACCGCACCAAGAUCACCACCGUGGGAAAACCAGCUCUGGAACGUUUUCUCCGGAAGCUGCAAAUCCUGAAAUCGACCGCCGACGUCGAAGGCGGCCGGAAGCUUUAUGAAGCUUAUUCAGCCAUGACAGACGACAAACCGGAACGCUUCCGAAGCUUACGUGACACGGUGCUUUUACGCAAGGAAGCACGGAAGCUCUUCGUCCAAGCCAACACCACGCUGCAGGGUGGCAAAGUCCGACUGACUCAGUACGAUUCCAGCGCCGGGGGCCUGAUCCGUUCCUUCUCCGACCGCUUCUCCGAAGACGCCGAGAUCCUCGAGCGGGAAUUGCUGGAGCUGACUCGCACAGAUGCUCAUUUUUGGGAAAGUUAAGGCUAUAGGGC